UCAAUUGGGGACUGAAUUAGGCGAAUCACAGGGAAAGAAUUAAGGGUAUCUUUUUGUUUCGUGGGAAAGAAUUAGGGGUAUCUUGUUGCCAUGUAAAUCAAACUUGUACUUAGUUGUAUCCUUUCUAUUCCAAACUAGAUGCCAUUUUGUUUUUUUCAUGGCCACUUUUACUUUAUAUGAAUACGGUGUGUAAAGGAGUCGGGAAAAUUAUGAAACCUAUGCACGGCAAACCUAAACAUAACCAACUAAAAUUGUGUUACUAAUUAUUACUUUUCAAAGAUAGAGAAGUUUGACUGCACACCUAAAGCAUCAUCCAUUUUGGAAUGGAGCUAGUAGUAGUAGUAACUAAAAAAGUGUUUGUGAAUACGCCGUUCUGUCUGUGUUAACAAGGAUGAUCAUUGUACCCGACGUACAGAACUAGACAGAUAUGAUGCGUUGAGCAUCAGAACUUUGGUUUUACCUCUCCUUAUUGUCCCAUUCAGAUUCGGAAAUUUCCUUGAAGCUGACAGAAACUUGCCCUACACUCCUUCAUAGAAUCAUUCCUUCAAAUGGGAAUAUGCUGUCCAGAUAAGCCAUUGUGGUUUGGAGUUAUUCUUUGUUUCCUAGUGACCUAAGAGAAAUUUAACUGCAUCUUUAAAACAAUAAUCUACCAUCAACAGAAGGCAUUGCGCAUCUGUGCACACAAUAAACCACAGAAUGAUCAUUUGGGGGAGGCUAAGUACAGGUGGAGCUAACAUGUGCAUGAAUGCUGUUAAUUAAUGCACUAAAGGAAAUAAAGGACAUCUGAGCUCAUGGAUCUGGCAACUGUACCUCGACCUGCAAGUGAGAAGGUACACCUGGCAGUGGGGGAUGAUGCUAAGCAGUGUUGGCUUACUCUCCGAUGGGCUUUGCACUUCAUCCCACCACAGAUGUUGUUAGUUCUUGUCCACAUCCACAGGCCAACUACCCCAACCGUAUUGGGAGCUUCAGUGGCAGCAAGCAAGUUGACAGAAGAUCAUGUUCGUGCGCACAGGAUAAGUGAGAAAAACGUGAUUGAGAAGAACUUAAAGGAGUGCUUGCAAAUGUAUAAGGUCCAAGCAGAUAUACUCAUAAUUGACAAAGAUGAUGUGGUCGUUGGACUUGGGGAGGUAGUCAAAGACCAGAAGGUUACCACACUCGUUAUGGGUGUUAAAAGAAGAAAACAUGGCUGGAAGAGCAAGACAGCAGAUGCUUUGGAAAAACAAGCCGACUGUUUGUGCAAUAUUCUGUAUCUUCAUGAGGGAAUUCUCGUUGCCAGCAGGCAUCAGCACACAGACAGAAAAAUUGGCAUGCCUUCUUUGGUAGGUUGCCACUUCUCAGGCAGUAAUAGUAACACCACGAAAUCCUCUUCUUUCUUCAACUCUCGAAGCACCGCCGACACCUUUGACAUGGAGCAUCUUGAUGACCCUUCCCUAGUGAUGAAUUCAACCUAUAUAUACAAUGAUUGUAGGUUCAACGCUAUAAUUGGUCUCAAGUCAUUUCACACUUUCAGGGAGCUAGUAAACCAGCAAAUUUUAGCUGAGCACUCAAGGGACUUGUACCAGGCAUUCAACAUCAAAUACUGUGACAUCUUCAGUGGGUGCCAGUUAAUUGGUGGCUUUGACUCACUCAUUGGAGUAGAUCCCCAAGAUUUAGGGGAGGCACAUUGGAAAUACAUCAAGAGCUGGCCUGCGGUGUUGGAGUAUAUUGUCAGUGUUCUCAAGACACUGCAGAUGCAACUUCUCAAGCAAAAUCAUCGCGCAUGCAAUGGAUUUACACAUCAUGAACUUUCAGAAGCAGCAAAAGAACCUAUUAGGCGUCUGUUGACUGUUGCUUCAAUUGUAUCUGACCAUGGGGUCAGGAAGUCGCCUGAGAAGCUAUUCUGUGUAUUGAACAUGUACACUGCACUCAUGGAUGCUACCCCCACUCUCAGGGAAGUCUUCUGUACAGAAUCUAUCGCUGGGGAUGUUGAGGUGGUUCAUGGAGAACUGAAGGACUCUGCAAGGGGAAUAGUUACAGAACUUAAAGGCUUGAUUCAGACUUACAACUCACCGAAAGUAGUGCAUGAUGGAGGUAUCCUGCCGAUAUCUGUGUACCUCAUGAGAUACAUCAGGCUCCUAGUGAAGCAUAAAGGUUCGCUUGAUAUGAUUGUAGGUCAUGAUCACACUGAUGGUCUACUGAAAGUUGAGGGAAUGAGCUUGACAAGUCGUCUUGUAUCUGGGCUCAUCACUGAUCUGGAAUCUGUAAUUGAUAGACAAUCCAGGCAAUUUUCUUGUAAAGGACUCCAGUACAUAUUCUUGAUGAACAACAUACAUUUCAUACUUCAAGAAGUCGAGCAAUCAGAUGUUCAUCUGACUGUAAAAGCCAGGUUUGAGAAACGCCGACCCUCCAUCAAGUGGUACAUAAAUAGUUACCUAUUUGCAUCAUGGGGACCAUUUGCAUCCACCUUGAGGGUUGCAAAAAACGCGCUUCCCAGGAAAAAGGCAAGGAUAAACUUCAAUUUCUGGUACAAAGCUCCGCCUUUGACUCCCUUGCAGAGUUUUGUCUUGUCUCUCAAUGAAGCUUGCAAUGAGCAGAUGUGCUGGAAGGUACCCAGUCCAGCUCUUCGAGAUGAGCUUCGCAAAAGGAUCCUGAAGUUUGUUACUCGAGUCUACCGUGGACAUUUGGCAAGUCAGAGACAGUCUGCAGAACAAAAUGUGAGGGAAUUUCACUUGGAGUGGAAAACCAAAAUUGAUGAAUUGUUUGAAGGAUGAAAUAGCAGUUUAAUUUCUGUCUGUGAACGGAAGUGGAUGAAGACCACAGUGCAAGUAGAGGCUUUGUAUAUUGUACCUAUGUUGCUGUCCCUUGUGUUUGCCCCUGUAAAUGAUAAGCUGAAUCAGCUUAAUAAAAGAUAUAUUUGUGCUAUGGAGGUGGUAUUUAUAUCUUAUACAUACUGAGGAUAAAUCUGUGUGACAUGAAUAAGGUUUCAGUCUUCGGACUU